AUGAAAGUCUGCGGGCGUGAGUCGGCGCGCGCACACGGUGUGGCGCGCGCGGGCCGAGAGCACUGGAGCCCCAUGGAGCCCCCAUCGUUCCCUGCUGGCAGCCUGCAGACCGUUAGGGCAGCCCCUGGUAGCGACGCCGAGCUCGUACUCCCGCUGCCCAACGGCACACCACCCUUCCAAUUCGAAUGCUAUGUCACAGCGACGGGCGCUUUUCGCCAUGACGUAGUACCGUCGGGCGGUAAACAAGUGGCGGCGCUGGCGUCGCCCCUACCAAAAUAUCCGUUCGUGGUAAGCGCAGUCCGCGGCAGGUCGUCGCGAACUCGAUCCGAAACGAGAUGCGCUCCCGCCAUGGGUAGCAAUUGCUGUAAAGGCGACGCAGCAGGGAGGCCGGUCAAGUCGAGCUCCUCAAUCUACAGCAGGUAUUUGUGGCUGGCAGUCCUCCUCGGCCAGGAGUUGCGCGGUGUGCCGUGGGUGCUGCGCCCGCGUUCGCCCUUUCCGAGCAGAGCGGGGGCGUCGUUGGACGAGCGCUUCGUCGCGUCAGAGGGCGCGGGCGGCGUCCGCUUGACCGUUUCCACUGCACGCACCGGCGACAGCGGACUGUACACGCUACAGGCCAGCAAUGCCGCCGGGAGGGAUACGCGUCGCCUGCGACUGGAAGUGGCUGCUGAAGAGACGCCGAGCGGUGAUAACCCGCCGACCUUCUUACGGCGUCUGCAGGACCUCACUGUCAAGGUCGGCACCAGAACGCGCUUCCUCGUCGAAAUCGUCAGCCCCACGGAGUGCAAGGUGACAUGGUACCGCAACGAGCGGCGGUUGAUGGAGGCUGAGCGAGUUGCGCUGGUAAGGGACGGCAACUUCUGGUGCGCCGACGUGGCCACGGUGAGCGUUGACGACGCUGGCCGUUGGACCUGCACUGCGGAGAACGCAGGCGGCAGGGCCAGCUGCUCGGCGCACCUCAACGUCCUCGUGCCGAAGGCGUACAAAAGACCGGAGUUCGUCGAAGAGCUCCGCGCCUUGCUCACCGAGCAGGGCACGGUGUCGCUGGAGUGCAAGGUGGUGGGGGUUCCGACGCCCGUGCUUCGCUGGUUCAAGGACAGCCGCGAGAUCAAAGCCGGUGACGUGUUCGCGCUAACAGCGAACGCAGAGGAUCCGACCUCACUCGGCACUUACACAUGCGAGGCCGUGAAUUGCAUGGGCCGCGCCUACUCCUCCUCGAAAGUUCACGUCAUCGGCCGUGGCGCGAGAGAUGGGUCGCUUCGACCAAACUCUGGGGGCGUAGCUCCAGAGCCUCCUCCAAUAUUUACGAAAGAGUUAGAGGACCAGUUCGUGAAGAUUUGCGAGCAUCUGACCUUGAGCUGCCAUAUCGUGGUGCCGCCCUGGCCGCGGAGCGUUGUUUGGUACAACAAGGAGGGCAAAAUCGAACCCAGCGAAAGAUACCACAUUAUCGAGGACGGCGUCGGUGGCUACUUGCUGGAGGUCACCAGCGCCGAGUGGGGUGACCAGGGCGAGUGGAAAUGCGUGGCGACUAGCACCGGCGGCCGCCUCGGCAUAUCCACCUGCCGCGUCACGAUGGACGUGCCGAAAAAUUUUCGAAAACCUCGAUUUAUGGAGAACUUACAAGCUGUGCUCACAGAAGAAGGACUGGUGUCUUUUGAAUGCAAAGUUGUUGGCUUUCCAACACCAGUUCUAAGCUGGUUCAAGGACGGCCAAGAAUUGAAACCGGGAGACGUAUACCAGCUAACUGGUACCAACUCCUUAGGCUCAUAUUGCUGCAUAGCGAGAAACUGCAUGGGUCAAGCAAGCAGUUCCGCGGAGCUUACGGUGGAAGAUAUUCAGAACCAGCUUAACGAAGAAGAAAAGUUGCAAUUGUUCUCGAAAAAUCAGGCGCCGAAAUUUCUCCAAGGAUUGAAAAGCGUCGAGGCGAAAAUUGAUGAGCCAUUCCGAUUUACAAUCAAAGUCGCUAUUCCACCAGAGCCGUCUGUGCUAUGGUACCGGGAUGACCAACCUAUAGACGAGUCGCCACGGUGUCGACUUGGCAAAGAGGAACGAGGAACAUUCUUCCUUGACAUACAGAAUCUUGAAUUUUUGGAUCAGGCCGAAUGGAAAGAAAAUAGAAGAAGAAAAAAAUAUACUUCCUGGAAGCCCGAU